UUCGUAUCUGUUUCCGGGUUCGUUGGGAUGAGACGGACUCACUUCCGGUGUUCCUGUGGAUGCUGCUGCGGCGGUUUUUCUUUCAAAAACAGAACGCGAUAAAGAUGGAGUUUGAUUGAAGCGCGGAUCCGCGGGGCUGAGGGAGGAAAGCAGAGAGUUUACCGCGGUGCAGUGUCGCGGAUUUUCACUCUUUAUUACUAGGAGACGACUGAAAGAGUCAAAACCCCGCGGCUGGACAUGAAGCUGCUCAAACCGAGCUGGGUGGCGCACAAUGGAAAGCCGAUAUUUUCAGUCGAUAUUCAUCCAGAUGGAACGAAGUUUGCCACUGGUGGCCAAGGAGAGGAUUCGGGGAAGGUGGUGAUCUGGAACAUGGCUCCAGUUCUGCGAGAAGAGGAUGAGAAAAACGAGAACGUUCCCAAGUUAUUGUGUCAGAUGGACAACCACUUGGCAUGUGUAAACUGUGUGCGAUGGUCCAAUAAUGGUCUGUAUCUGGCCUCGGGAGGAGACGACAAACUCGUCAUGGUGUGGAAGAAAGCAGCGUUUAUAGGUCCGAGUACAGUGUUUGGGUCGAGCAGUAAACUGGCCAAUGUGGAGCAGUGGAGGUGUGUGACCAUCCUGAGGAACCACACAGGAGAUGUGAUGGAUGUGGCCUGGUCUCCUCAUGACGUGUGGCUCGCCUCCUGUAGUGUGGACAACACCAUCGUCAUCUGGAACGCUCGCAAAUUCCCAGAGAUGGUGAUCUCUCUCUCAGCUCACUCGGGCCUAGUGAAGGGAUUAUCGUGGGAUCCUGUAGGGAAGUAUGUGGCGUCUCAGGCAGACGAUCGCAGCCUGAAAGUGUGGAGAACCAUCGACUGGCAGCUGGAGGCCAACAUCACUAAACCCUUCACUGAGUGUGGAGGAACCACUCAUGUUCUGCGUCUCAGCUGGUCUCCUGAUGGUCAGUACUUGGUUUCGGCUCAUGCGAUGAAUAACUCUGGUCCGACGGCGCAGAUCAUCGAACGUGACGGCUGGAAAACCAACAUGGACUUUGUGGGACAUCGGAAAGCCGUGACUGUAGUGAAGUUUAACCCUAAGAUUUUUAAGAAGAAACCGAGGAAUGGCAGCUCAUCUAAACCCACUAAUCCGUACUGCUGCUGCGCUGUGGGCAGUAAAGACCGCUCGCUCUCCGUCUGGCUGACCUCUCUGAAGCGCCCUCUGGUGGUCAUUCAUGACCUGUUUGACAAAUCCAUCAUGGACAUCACCUGGACACUGAAUGGUUUGGGGUUGUUGGUGUGUUCGAUGGAUGGCACUGUGGCCUUUCUGGAUUUCUCUCAGGAUGAACUUGGAGAUCCACUCAAUGAAGAGGAGAAGAAUGCUAUUCACCAGAAGAUGUACGGUAAGAGCUUGGCCAUCACCAUGGAAACACAGCUCUCCUCCACCAUCAUCGAGAAUCCCGAGAUGCUGAAGUACCAGCAGGAGACCAGAACCUCCAGUGGAACUCUGGGGUCCAGCACAGAGACCCCACUCCCUAAACUGAGCAGUGUGGUGAACGGCGAAUCACUGGAGGACAUCAGGAAGAACCUGCUGAAGAAACAGGUGGAAACAAGAACCGCAGAUGGGCGGAGGAGAAUCACACCACUGUGUAUCGCACAACUGGACACAGGGGACUUCUCCCCCGCUCUGUUUAACAGCGUACCCAUCCUGCCUGGCUCGUCGGUCACUCAGCUGUCAUCCGACUCGAACACUUCGCUCAGCCUGAGAGUCACACACGACCCACCGGCUCCGUCACAAACCAAACCCACUCAGGAAGCAGCGGCCUCAUCCCAAACCAAGAGCACCACUGACAACAAGGACGGCUCCAACGCACUGAAGUCUCCUCUGCUGCUCACUGCAGCCUCCAAGAUUGAGCCGAUGAAGGCCCUGGACUCACGCUUCACCGAGAGGUCAAAGGUCACACCGGGGGUCAGCAGUUCACCUGCCGCUGUAAGCACUGCACCUGUAGACAGGAUGAAGGAUGGCAGCGGGGGAAGGACUGAAGUGCUGAAGGACUGGAAGGCAAGAGAGGACUCGAGCAGUGACAGUGAGGAUAAGGUGGUGCAGAAGGUGGCGCCUCCUCUGGCCAAGCGCAGGAAUGACAUGGACGCAGCAGAAGUGGUGGAGAAACGGAAGAAGGGACGACCCAGGAAGGACUCCAAGCUGAUGAUGAGUGUACCCCAGGUGUACACACAGACUCCGGUCCCAAUGGAGAAGGAGACAUCACGAGUAUCGGCUCCUGUAGCAGUGAUUAAACUCCACACACCUGCAGUACAGAAAUCAUUCAGCACACAGGUGGGCUCGGACCCUGUUGUGUAUCUGGAGGUGGACAACGAGUUGUGUGUGGUUGCUGGUUCUCGUAUCAGUCAGCUCCGCUUCUGCACUAAUGGCCGGGAGUGGAACAUGGUUCUGACCAGCCGCAUUGUCGUUGCAACGGCCAGCAGUGACGUGGUUGCCGUGGCGUGUGAGGACCGGACCCUUUCAGUAUUCUCUGCAUGUGGGCGGAGACUUGUCCCACCAAUUAUGCUCUCUGCACCAAUCACAUCUCUGCACUGCUCCGCCCACUUUGUGAUGGCACUGACUGCAUCAGCCACACUGUCUGUCUGGGAUGUUCAGAAGCAAGUAGCUCUGGUCAAAAAUGAAUCUCUGAACUCGAUUUUAUCAGGUUCUGAUACAGUAGUGUUCUCUAUGUUAACGGAACACGGUGUUCCUGUAGUCGCUCUGUCUAAUGGCCGAUCCUACUGCUUCAGCUCUGCUAUGGAGACGUGGAAUCUGAUCGUGGAUAAGCAGGACUCUCUGGUUCAGUGUGCAGAUUUCAGUAGUUGUGUUAGUUCCCAUGAUGCACUGGGCUGCACCGGACCUCUCGCCACCACUCAGGGACGGAACCUGAGUGCGGGACGGUUAGCGUCUCGUCUCUCGUCCACUCCUCAUCAUGUUCAGCAGGUGAUGACUCUGUCCUUCCUGGAGAAUCAGCUCUCCUCCGCUUUCAUCCUCCACUCCGCUAAUGAGUACAGACACUGGCUGCUCAUCUACACCCGCUUUCUUGUCAACGAGGGAUAUGAGCAGCGGUUGAGGGAACUUUGUAAGGAUUUAUUGGGGCCGGUGCAUAAAUCCAGCAGCAGUGCGUGGGAGUCAACAGUGCUGGGUCUGAGGAAGAGAGACCUGCUGAUGGAAGUGCUGCCCGUGGUGGGACAGAAUCUGCGGUUUCAGCGUCUCUUCACUGAGUAUCAGGACCAGCUGGAGCUGCUCCGCCCCAAAUAGCACUGUACCUGUGGCCCCACCCCUUAAGCAUAACCCCACCCACUCUGCAUCGUCCUGCCUCUCUAAUUAGCGGCGGUCUGUAUGCGAAGGGAGCUGUCUCACUCACUCUGUCUCUCUUUCUGUCUUUCUCUGUCGCUCUCUGUACCUUAACUGUAGCCUGAAGGAAAGAGUAGUGUGUGAGACAGAGGGUGAAACAGUGUGUUUGUGUACAGGACUGAUGUUGGACUGCUUGAAGCUCCGCCCUCAGUCAGUUUUUGUAUUGUACAUGUUUGUAAACACUUUUUUUUCCUUUUUGUCUUUUUGUAUGAAAUGAAUCAACAGACAAAAAAUUAAUUUAGAAAAAAUAAACAGUUGAUUAAUUCUA